AUGGCCAAGAGUCUACGUUCAAAAUUUAAGAGAGCUAUGCGAGCUACUGCACGUAUUAAGAAACAAGUGAAAAGCGAUGCUUUAUUGCAAAAAGUGAUUGAGAAAAGGGAAAUUUAUGAAAAAAUGGAAGCCGAAAAAGCCGCCGCGUCCACUUCAAAUGACGCAGACGCGAUGGAAGUCAAUGGACCACCAGCGACAAUUAACGUGAAGACCAUGAAGAAGGCUGAUGGAACUUUUCCAUCAUGGCUGAACGGAAAGAAAAAAAAGAAGGCUCUAUCAAAACUCAAAAGCAAGAAAGGAAAAGGCAGAAAGCAUGGUUUCUGA